GUUGGAUCAUGUGGACAGUUCAUCAUGUAUAAACCCACCCCAUUCUUGUGCCCAGCUCAGCCUGGCACCAUGGAGAUCGUCUUGUUCGCUCUUCUGCUGAGCGCCACAGCAGCCUCACAGCUGGAGGAUGAUGAUAAGAUAAUAGGUGGAUAUGAGUGCUCGCCCCACUCCCAGCCCUGGCAGGUCUAUUUCACGUACGGCUCAGGCUACCGCUGGUGCGGGGGGUCACUCAUCAAUGAGUGGUGGAUCGUCUCAGCAGCUCAUUGCUACAAAACGCCCAGUACCCUGGUGGCUCAUCUCGGGGAGCAUGACACCAGUGCAGACGAGGGCACUGAGCAGCAUAUCCAAGUGGCCAAAGCCAUCCAGUUCCCCCAGUACAGCCAACGCACCAUGAAUAAUGACAUCAUGCUGGUGAAGCUAGCCCAGCCGGCUCGGUUCGGUGCCUACGUGCAACCAAUCCCCAUCUCCAGCAGCUGCCCUGUGCCAGGGACAGAGUGCCUGGUCUCUGGCUGGGGGAACCUCCUCACAUCUGGGGUUCAGUACCCGGAUGCCCUACAGUGUCUGAAUGUGCCCAUCCUCUCUGACUCUGCCUGCCGUGCCGCCUACCCUGGUCGCAUCACCACAAACAUGUUCUGUGCUGGCUACAUAGAAGGGGGCAAGGACUCUUGUCAGGGAGACUCCGGUGGGCCAGUGGUCUAUAAUGGAGAGUUGACGGGAGUGGUGUCCUGGGGCAUUGGGUGUGCCCAGAAGAAUUACCCUGGCGUCUAUACCACAGUGUGUAACUACGUGUCCUGGAUUGCGGAGGUCAUUGCCAACAACUGACAUGUGCAACCGCAGAGUAUUUCUCCUGGCAGAGAGGCUGCAUUCAGACCUCCCCGUCCCGCUUUGCCUGCUGUCUGGAUAAAAGUGAUUGAAACCUUCUCAGUAAAACCGGGGGGCUGCCGUGACGCCAAGAAACCCAGUAGGGAAGACACAAGAUGCUUAUGAGAGAAGCAUCAAAUGAGGCUAUGAAAUCCCAACUCAUCAAUAAAAUUCAGUUCCUACA